UCGAACAGACCAGACCUCAAUAUGAAAUUCCUGAUCCUUGCUGCUUGCGUGUGCGUCGCCAUGGCUGGCCCAGCCCAGCGCGCUUACCAGCCGUUCCAGGCUGCGGCCCAAGUGACUGCUAACGCCGCCGUCGCCGCCGCCCAGGUGGUGAGCGCCCCCGCCCGCGCCGCCGCUGGAGUUGUCGCCAAGGCCUACUCUGGCAACGAACAGGAAGCCCAAAUUGUCCGCUCCUCCUCUGACGUCAACCCUCAAGGCUUCCAAUACGAGGUUGAGACUGGCAAUGGUAUCGUGGCUCAAGCUAGCGGCGUCCUGAAGAAGGUCGGAGACGCUGAAGCUGUCGUUGUACAAGGCGCGUACAAGUACACCGCCCCCGACGGCACCCCCGUGCAGUUCACCUACGUCGCCGACGAGAAUGGAUACCAGCCCCAGAGCGACCUCAUUCCCGUGGGUCCCCCCGUACCUGAGGCGAUCGCCCGUUCCAUCGAGUACCUCCGCACCCACGCUCCCAAGGACUCUACCGUCUACUAAAUCCGACCCUGGCUUUACCCACCGCUGAACUUACCAGAAAUAUAAUUACCAAUAAGUUGUUGUUGUUUUUGUUUUACAACAAUGUAGUGUAAAUAAAAUACAGAAGUUGUGCCAUAA